AUGACGAACAGAGGAUUCGAAUUCCCCGUAUCAGUCACUGCGGCUGAUACACCUACGCCUCUCCCCGGCGUCACUGCGACUUACGCCCCUGGUACCCCCUUCAUCGCCACUGCGGGUUACGCGCCUACGCCUUUCUUUGGCGCCACUGCGGCUUACGCGCCUGCACCAUCCUUCCCCGGCAUUGCGACUUACGCGCCUACGCCUCUCUUCGGCGGCACUACGGCUUACCCGCCUACGGCUCUCUUCGACGCCCCUACGGUUUCUCCACCUACGCCAUUCUUUGCCAUCCCUUCGCAAUCUUCUGCUCUGGAUGUGGAUCUGUCUUUCCGCACUCCGGGCAUAGCAUUUACUCCAUCCACGCCUUCCAACACUCAGGUGGGAAAUCCGCCCACUUCCUCAGCAACUCAAUCCUCCUCUGUAUCGCAACCAUCAAAUGCGUUUUGCACUGUUGCUUCGUCUUCACCAACCACCAGUGCACCUACAAUUACAAUUCCUUUAUCUGGUGAAGGGACUGCACUAGCACAGACCACUACUUCUGCUGCUGUAACCGUACCAACAUCUGGGAUGUCAUUUUCAUCAGGACCAACUUCCACUACCAAUUCCGCUUCAUAUCCCCGUUUUACCUUAUCGUCUUCAGAGGCAUCUGCAACAAGAACUGCAUCUUCAGUAACUGCUAACACUCGAGAGUGCGAUAGGGCCAUGGAAAAAAUAUAUGCUGCUAUGGUAGAGAUGGUUCAACUUUAUGAGAGAUUAGCAAGGGCAGAGUUUGUGAGAGGUGUGGCCCUAAUUGAGAGAGACCAAGCUCAAGCAGAACGGAAUAGUCUGCAGAUUCAACCUGAUCAGACCCGAGAGAGGGAGAGACAAAUGCAGAUAGAGGUGCAACAACUAUGUGCUACGAAUUAUGCCCUCAAAUUAGAGCGAGAUCGUGUGCAACAACUAUUUGCUGAGACAAAUGCCCUCAAAGUAGAGCAACAUCCUGUGCAACAACUAUGUGCUAAGAUAGAUGCACUCAAAGUAGAGCAAAAUCGUGUGCUAGGAGAGCUCGAGACAAUUCAUCAGAUAGAGAUGCAACAACUACGUGCUAAGAUAGAUGAACUCAAACAAGAGCAAGAUCGUAUGCAGCAACUAUGUGCUAAUAUAGAUGGACUCAAAACAGAGCAAGAUCGUUUGCGAGGAGAGCUCGAGACACUUCGUCAGAUGAGAGUAUCAGAUAUACAAGUACCGUUGAGGAUGGAUGCAUUGACAAUGGAGAAUGUUAGCUUGAGAGAGGCACAAGGGAGAGCAGAGGAGCAUCCAGAGGGAUUCGUUUUGUUAUAG